CACAGAUCAGUACAAGGACAUUCUGAUGGAGGAUCACCGGCCCCUCACACCACCAGUUAAGGAAGAGAGAACAACACCGGAGAGAUAUACCAGUCCUCUUCUUCCACAGGAUGGUUCAGAAGAAGAUCACAAUGUCCCACAGGAUGAUAAGCUUGUGAAUCCGGGUGAAGAUCUCAACAAUAUUAAUCCUACAGAGACAUAUGUGAGGGGUGAUGAGCAGAGUACAGAGGACAUUCCUACAGAUAACUGCCCAGAUGACUGUACCAGGAACUCAGAGAAACAUCUGGUAUCUUCAGAUUUUGAAGUAGAUGAUUGUGGUAUCACCCGAGAUACAUUUGAAGAGCAUGCCAAUAUGCAAGAUAUACCCUCAUCCAAUCACAGUCACAAUGCAUCAUUUGAUUCUUUUAAACACGUCCGAUCUUCUGAUUCAUCACAGACUGUAACACAGAAUAAAAGUCAUAGAAGAGGUGCUAAACAUCAAACAGUUCAUGUAAGAGGGAAGCCAUUUUCAUGUUCAGAAUGUGGGAAAUGUUUUAAGAAUAAAUCAGAUCUUGUUAAACAUCAGAGAACUCACACAGGGGAGAAGCCAUUUUCAUGUUCAGAAUGUGGGAAAUGUUUUAAACAAACAGCACAUCUUGUUAUACAUCAGAGAAAUCACACAGGGGAGAAGCCAUUUUCAUGUUCAGAAUGUGGGAAAUGUUUUAAGACAAAAUCAGAUCUUGUUAAACAUCAGAGAACUCACACAGGGGAGAAGCCAUUUUCAUGUUCAGAAUGUGGGAAAUGUUUUAAGAAUAAAUCAGAUCUUGUUAGACAUCAGAGAACUCACACAGGGGAGAAGCCAUUUUCAUAUUCAGAAUAUGGGAAAUGUUUUAAGAAUAAAUCAGAUCUUGUUAAACAUCAGAGAACUCACACAGGGGAGAAGCCAUUUUCAUGUUCAGAAUGUGGGAAAUUUUUUAAGAAUAAAUCAGAUCUUGUUAUACAUCAGAGAAUUCACACAGGGGUGAAGCCAUAUUCAUGUUCAGAAUGUGGGAAAUGUUUUAAUCAUAAACCAUAUCUUGUUACACAUCAGAGAAUUCACACAGGGGUGAAGCCAUAUUCAUGUUCAGAAUGUGGGAAAUGUUUUAAUCAUAAACCACAUCUUGUUAAACAUCAGAGAAUUCACACAGGGGAGAAGCCGUUUUUAUGUUCAGAAUGUGGGAAAUGUUUUAAUCUUAAAGCACAUCUUGUUAUACAUCAGAGAAAUCACACAGGGGAGAAGCCAUUUUCAUGUUCAGAAUGUGGGAAAUGUUUUAAGAAUAAAUCAGAUCUUGUUACACAUCAGAGAAAUCACACAGGGGAGACGCCGUUUUCAUGUUCAGAAUGUGGGAAGUGUUUUAAGACAAAAUCAGAUCUUGUUAAACAUCAAAGAACUCACACAGGGGAGAAGCCAUUUUCAUGUUCAGACUGUGGGAAAUGUUUUAAACAAAAAGCACAUCUUGUUAUACAUCAGAGAAUUCACACAGGGGAGAAGCCAUUUUCAUGUUCAGAAUGUGAGAAAUGUUUUAAGACAAAAUCAGAUCUUGUUAAACAUCAGAGAACUCACACAGGGGAGAACCCAUAUUCAUGUUCAGAAUGUGGGAAAUGUUUUAAGACAAAAUCAGAGCUUGUUAAACAUCAGAGAACUCACACAUGGCAGAAGCCAUUUUCAUGUUCAGACUGUGGGAAAUGUUUUAAACAAACAGCACAUCUUGUUAUACAUCAGAGAAUUCACACAGGGGAGAAGCCAUUUUCAUGUUCAGAAUGUGAGAAAUGUUUUAAGACAAAAUCAGAUCUUGUUAAACAUCAGAGAACUCACACAGGGGAGAAGCCAUUUUCAUGUUCAGAAUGUGGGAAAUGUUUUAAGACAAAAUCAGAUCUUGUUAAACAUCAGAGAACUCACACAGGGGAGAAAGGGAAGCCAUUUUCAUGUUCAGAAUGUGGGAAAUGUUUUAAGAAUAAAUCAGAUCUUGUUAAACAUCAGAGAACUCACACAGGGGAGAAGCCAUUUUCAUGUUCAGAAUGUGGGAAAUGUUUUAAACAAACAGCACAUCUUGUUAUACAUCAGAGAAAUCACACAGGGGAGAAGCCAUUUUUAUGUUCAGAAUGUGGGAAAUGUUUUAAGACAAAAUCAGAUCUUGUUAAACAUCAGAGAACUCACACAGGGGAGAAGCCAUUUUCAUGUUCAGAAUGUGGGAAAUGUUUUAAGAAUAAAUCAGAUCUUGUUAGACAUCAGAGAACUCACACAGGGGAGAAGCCAUUUUCAUAUUCAGAAUAUGGGAAAUGUUUUAAGAAUAAAUCAGAUCUUGUUAUACAUCAGAGAAUUCACACAGGGGUGAAGCCAUAUUCAUGUUCAGAAUGUGGUAAAUGUUUUAAUCAUAAACCAAAUCUUGUUACACAUCAGAGAAUUCACACAGGGGUGAAGCCAUAUUCAUGUUCAGAAUGUGGGAAAUGUUUUAAUCAUAAACCAAAUCUUGUUAAACAUCAGAGAAUUCACACAGGGGAGAAGCCGUUUUUAUGUUCAGAAUGUGGGAAAUGUUUUAAUCUUAAAGCACAUCUUGUUAUACAUCAGAGAAAUCACACAGGGGAGAAGCCAUUUUCAUGUUUAGAAUGUGGGAAAUGUUUUAAGAAUCAAUCAGAUCUUGUUACACAUCAGAGAAAUCACACAGGGGAGACGCCGUUUUCAUGUUCAGAAUGUGGGAAAUGUUUUAAGACAAAAUCAGAUCUUGUUAAACAUCAGAGAACUCACACAUGGGAGAAGCCAUUUUCAUGUUCAGACUGUGGGAAAUGUUUUAAACAAACCGCACAUCUUGUUAUACAUCAGAUAAUUCACACAGGGGAGAAGCCAUUUUCAUGUUCAGAAUGUGAGAAAUGUUUUAAGACAAAAUCAGAUCUUGUUAAACAUCAGAGAACUCACACAGGGGAGAAGCCAUUUUCAUGUUCAGAAUGUGGGAAAUGUUUUAAGACAAAAUCAGAUCUUGUUAAACAUCAGAGAACUCACACAUGGGAGAAGCCAUUUUCAUGUUCAGACUGUGGGAAAUGUUUUAAACAAACAGCACAUCUUGUUAUACAUCAGAGAAUUCACACAGGGGAGAAGCCAUUUUCAUGUUCAGAAUGUGAGAAAUGUUUUAAGACAAAAUCAGAUCUUGUUAAACAUCAGAGAACUCACACAGGGGAGAAGCCAUUUUCAUGUUCAGAAUGUGGGAAAUGUUUUAAGACAAAAUCAGAUCUUGUUAAACAUCAAAGAAUUCACACAGGGGAGAAAGGGAAGCCAUUUUCAUGUUCAGAAUGUGGAAAAUGUUUUAGAUUUAAAUCUGGGAUUGUUAUACAUCAGAGAACUCACACAGGGGAGAAGCCAUUUUUAUGUUCAGAAUGUGGGAAAUGUUUUCACCAAACAUCACAUCUUUUUACACAUCAGAGAAUUCACACAGGGGAGAAGCCAUAUUCAUGUUCGGAAUGUGUGAAAUGUUUUAACCGUAAAUCAGAUCUUGUUAGACAUCAGAGAAUUCACACAGGGGAAAAGCCAUUUUCAUGUUCCGAAUGUGAGAAAUGUUUUAAGACUAAAUCAGAUCUUGUUAGACAUCAGAGAAAUCACACAGGGGAGAAGCCAUUUUCAUGUUCAGAAUGUGGGAAAUGUUUUAACCGUAAAUCAGAUCUUGUUAUACAUCAGAGAAAUCACACAGGGGAGAAGCCAUUUUCAUGUUCAGAAUGUGGGAAAUGUUUUAACCGUAAAUCAGAUAUUGUUAUACAUCAGAGAAAUCACACAGGGGAGAAGCCAUUUUCAUGUUCAGAAUGUGGGAAAUGUUUUAACCGUAAAUCAGAUCUUGUUAUACAUCAGAGAAAUCACACAGGGGAGAAGCCAUUCUCAUGUUCAGAAUGUGGGAAAUGUUUUAACCGUAAAUCAGCUCAUGAUUCACAUCAGAGAAUUCACAAAGGGGAGAAGCCAUAUUCAUGUUCAGAAUGUGGGUAAUGUUUUAAGAAAAAAGUCAUAGGUAGACAUCAAAAUUCUCACAUAUAAAAGAAGCCAUCUUCAUGCUUAAUCGUUUAGUGACCACCAAUAUGUUUAUUUUUUUUUAUUUUUUUUGGUGGUCACUGGCUUAAUUCCAUCAAAUACUUCUUUUUACUCGGAGAUAAAACAGCGCCUUGCUUUCAGUUACCAGAGGUGGCCGAGGGCUUGGAGAGAUGAUUAGGACCACUUAAAAAUAAAUGGGCAUUACAUGAAAUAUGGGCUUGUCAGGAAACUGUCAGCUCUGGUCUUACUGGGCACAUUUCAUCAGUAAUGUGAAAGUUCUCCCAAAAAGUGACCCAGGCUAGGAUUGCCUCAUUAUAUAGAAGCCAUUACUCGCCCUCCUAAAGGUAUACCAUCUUUUUUCUAUUUUUUUUUUUUUUACUCAUUUUAUUGAAGCAUAUAAGGCAUGGCAUAGGUACAUACUGAUCAACAUCGUAUCAAAUAAUGUAACAUUUACAUAAAGUAAAAUCCAGUGUAUAUUCCUUGUAUAAAACAUUAUACAUAAAUGUGAGCGCAGCUUUAUCCUAUAACCUCUAUUCAAUAAAGUUAAAAUUUUUAUUCAUUGAA